UUAUAUCCUCUAUGCUCGUAGCCGUAAAAAAAUCACCGUGAGCUGUCGAUAUAACCUCGAAUUUAUUUAUUGACACUAAGAGAAACUUCAAUUGCGUCCUUAUUCAAUCAGUAAUUGUCAUACUCUAAAUCAGAUGGAACGCAAAAUGCCUCAGUCUUACGGUUACUAUAACGCCAGUUACCACAAAAAAGUGGUACAGCCAAACUUGAAGUACAAGAAGAAGUAUCGAAAGCUGAAAAAAAUUGUGAAAGACACCGUUUUUGAGAAUGCAGCCCUCUGCGAUCAAGUCGCGUACAUGCAGGAGAACCUUCUCAUCGUCAAGGAAGAAAGGCUCCUGCUUUUACGAAAACUUUGCCAGCAGCAUGGAGACAUGGAUCCGUCGUCAAUGACAUCCAGAUCUCACGGCAGUAACGUGAACUCACCGACAUUUGGCCACGAAGGAUACAUCCCAAAGAAAAGCGUCAAGAAAAGAUGCUCCACCGAUGGUGCAGAUCCAAAGAACAAGCCAAAGAGACACAGCAAGGUGAUGCGCAGAACUGUCCAGCUGAUCCCGCUGGAUGCACAAGGCAGACCUAUAUUUCCAAUAUCCCUCGGAGACCUUACAGUCUACUCUCUCGGCGAAGUGGUCCCCGACAGAAUCACAUACCACACAGAGGAUCUUAUCUUCCCAGUAGGAUAUUGCAGUACUAGAAUAUAUGCCAGUCUUAGAGAUAUAUGCACGAAGAGCCUGUACACUUGUAAAAUCAUAGACGGAGGGACAAAGCCUAGAUUUGAAAUAGUAGCAGAUUGUGACCUGGACAAGCCUCUGGUUGGAUCGAGUCCAGACGAGUGCCACUCGAAGUUACUAUCAGCAAUUUCUCCCUCCCUCCUGGCAAUGGGACCGAAGGGUGCGGACUUCUUUGGAAUCUCACAUCCCACCAUACAGAAUCUCAUUCAGAACUCUCCCGGAACCCGGAAACUUGCUUUGUACAAGCCACAGCGUUUCGAGGUGGGAAAAAACGACAAAGGAAUCAACCCGAUAGAAGAAGACGAAAACGAUCCUUCUUUGGGGUUCGCUGCCUUGCAUCGGGCUUACACAUUAAGAGACAGAGUAAAGGAGGAGCCAACGGACCACGAUCUGAUGAUCCUCCAACAAUUUUCGUGAUCAACCCGUAAUUAUGUACAUACACUGUAAUAUAGCCAUCGUUAUCACAGUACCGAAUACUAUUAAUAAAUUGUAUAGCAGAGUGAGCUCGACGUGGAUUCCACUAAUUGCAUGGAAGGGAGUCUUUCAUAAGGUAGUGCGGUGGAAAUCGGCGAAAUUUAAAGGUCGAAUGUAGGCCAUUGUCCUCGCUUAGGUAUACGCGCCCCUUUUGCUGUUGAAAAGGCCAGAAACGACCCGAGGACUCCUUUCAUGCCCUCGGCGUGUUUGGAUACACCUGCCGAGGUUCUCGGACCCUAACGGGACUUUUUCCAUGGGAUUUCCGACCAGGUUAUACGAUCCAAGUUGGGACGCACCUCCCGCCUUGUCGACGAAUCCGCUCAAAAGGAUCAGGCCCAUGAAAAGAAAGGAAAAGGAAGAAAAAAAAAAAAUAGGGAGAGAGAGAAAAGAUGAAAGAAAAUUCCAGAACGUCUCCGCGAAGCCGACUCGUUCUCGAAACCUUCGAAUUGAAAUAUCCCAAGUUGUACAAGAGAGCAAAAAAAAUUAUUAACAUUAAAGCGAAUCAAGUUAAUCCGA